AUGGACCCUACGAAACCUCCCAACAAGAUAUUUCCAAUCACAACCUUCAUUUCAGACUUACCGACCAACCUUAUUCCGCAGUCCCUCCCACCAUCUCCCGAAAAUGGCCCUAUCAGUGGACGUUUGGUCAUCGUAGGCGAUGUACACGGGAUGAGAAAGACGCUUGAGGCACUCCUGGACAAAGUCGGCUUCGACAAAAGCAAAGGAGAUCAUCUUGUACUGGUUGGCGACAUGGUCAAUAAAGGGCCUGAUAGUCCCGGUGUUGUCGAUCUGGCUAUUAAGCUAGGCGCUAGCGCUGUGAGAGGCAACCACGAAAAUGCAGUUCUUAACGCGGCCGCGGAGAUCAACGCCACAAGGGAUAGUCUACUACAUCCUGGAGGCUUGACUGACAGUCCGGCUGUACCUGAGAGCCCCGAAGCCGACCUACCCGGGGACAAUGUCCGAGAUUUCGAGAUUUCCGACGAAUGUGCAUCUGCUACAACUAUCGGCAUUAACAUGAGACACAGCGCUGCAACGUAUAGUACGGAAUUGGCACUUUCCAAGCACCAGCUUGACUGGCUUGCCGCUUUGCCUUUGAUCUUGCGCGUCAAACUACCGCGUGUCCCAACAUCCUCCAUCGGCGACACUCUAAUCGUCGUACAUGCGGGCCUCGUUCCUAGUAUCUCACUUGAAGACCAGGAUCCACAUGCUAUAAUGCAUAUACGGAGUCUCGUGCGUACAUCAGGCGAGGAGGAUGGAUUCAUACCGGCUGAAACUCCCGGAGAAGAAAGCUGGGUUACGGAAUGGGACCGGUGGCAAGAUACGCUAACAUCCAAGACUACGGUGAUAUUCGGACACGAUGCAAAGCGUCGUUUGCAGCGAAGCAGGUAUGCGAUUGGACUGGAUACAGGGUGUUUAUACGGCCAUCAAUUGAGUGCGGUUGUGAUUGCGGUUUCCGACAGGGAGAUUGAGCAUCGUGUUAUUCAAGUCGAAUGUGCCGAUGCGCCUAUAGCCCCAACAGUAUCUGUGAAAGAAGGCGACAAGGCAGUAGUUAUAUAA